GUGUGGCUUUGUACUUUGUGCUCAAAACUUGUUGAGCAUUUUUUUUGCCUUCUGUGAACUGAACUGAAGCACAGCGCCAAAGUCCCACAGCGCAGGAGAGGCGAAAGACAUUGCAGCAGAUGCCGCCAGAGGCAGAGGAGCAGCCCCAGGAUGUCGGUGGGGCAGAUUAACCGGACCCCGUUCAGUCUCCAGAAUACCAAGCUGGAUCUUCCCCCCCCCAUCCUUGUCACCGCCACCUGUGUCACCCCCCAGGCAUGCUGCGGCGACUGUUGCUGCUGCCGGGGAGAGUGGCCAGGACCGAGGACAAGGACUGGAACAUCCAUCUGUGGAGAGUUUGGAUGGGUGGCCCGGAUCUUGCCAGCCUGUUCUUGGAUGUAGGUAUUUCUCCAGAACAGCGGGAUGAAGUGAUCCUAUGGCUGGCUGAACUGAAGUAUCAGUUCCGUGUUUACCCAGAAACACAUGCUCUGGCCAUCAGUAUUUUGGAUCGUUUUUUGGCUGCAGUAAAGGCUCGUCCAAAAUACUUAAGGUGCAUUGCAAUAAGCUGUUUCUUUCUUGCUGCCAAAACCAUUGAGGAAGACGAGCGGAUCCCGGUGCUCAGAGUCCUGACCCAAGGCAGCUCGUGUGGCUGCUCUCCAGCUGAGGUUCUCAGAAUGGAGAGGAUAAUUCUAGAUAAACUUAACUGGGAUCUUCACACAGCUACGCCUCUGGAUUUUCUUCACAUUUUCCAUGCCAUGACUUUGAAUGCCAGCCCUGAGUUGUUUGACAGAAUACCUGAACUGAACCCAUCUCAGCAUGUAGCUCUCUUGACGAGGCAACUUUUGCAAUGUAUGGCAUUUCACCAGCUGCUACAGUUUAAGGGCUCCAUGUUGGCACUGGCACUCCUUAGUCUAGAAAUGGAAAAGCUGCUUCCUGAUUGGCUUGCUGUUACCAUAAAACUGCUCCAAUUGGCACAGAUGGAUAGUGCUCAGCUGUUUUAUUGCCGGGAAGUAGCAGCACAUCACCUUUCUCUUCUGCAGCCUCCCUUGCCCCCCAAUGCUGUAUACAUCUACAGUCCCCUCAAGCGUACCCUGGUGUCCUACAACAGAGGAGCUUAUAUCCACCCUUCCACUGUAAAGGAACCAGGAUUCCAUCCACAGGGCAAUUGCAUAUCAGGAGCUCUGAUAAAGGGAGCGUCUGUCCUCUACCAAAGUCUGGCAGCUCCAGCUGUCUGCAAACAGGCCUCCACCAAGAGGAAGGUAGAGCAGAUGGAAGUGGAUGACUUCUAUGAUGGAAUCAAGAGGCUAUACAAUGAAGAUAGCUCUGCAGAUGUUGUGGGCAUGGAGAUAGUGGCAUGUAGUAGUGGCCUAUCCAGGUCAGAGGGCAGUCUGUCCCCAUGCCCACAAUUACAAGCUGUGUCAGUCAUGUAAAGUCAGCACUUUACUUGGCAGAAGCAAGUACCAGACCAGAUUCCUUUGACUCUGUGCUGGUGGAGUAACUUCCAAUAUGGACCUCUCCAGCAAUAGGGUUAUAAUGUCACACAGGCCAUGCCUUAACAGGCUACAGUAGAGGGCUACAUCUCUGCCUGUUUUCUCAUGCUGCUAAACUAAGCUUCAUCACUAAAAAAAAAAAAAAAAAAAAAAAAAAUACUGAAAUUAAACACAUUUGAAGAAAAAAAAAAUGCCCAAAAACAGCAAAAAAAAAAAAAAGUAGAGAAAUUGUUUAACAUUAUAGUGUUGUCAAUGUCAUUGUUUUAUGCUUGUACAACUACUGUAAGCUGUGCCGCUUAGGGCGAAGACACACAGAGCUACUAGUAGCAGCUACUUGUCGUGGCUACUAAAAUGGAUAAUGCUGAUCAUUUACUGAUAACAGUCUCUACGUGUGUUUUAGCAGAGGCAAUUCUCAGUAUUAUCUAUUGUCUAUGGCAGGGUAUUUUCUGGCGUUUAGUAGCUGUGACAAGUAGCUGCUUCUAUGUAGCUCUGUGUGUCUUCACCCUUAAACCUACCCGUGGAGCUCUAUUUAGAUCAUUUCCAAAUAUGUCCUGCACUGUUAUCAUCUCUGCUUUUUUUCUUGCUAAUUGAUCUCCCCCCCCCUUUCCUUUAAAGGAGAAGGAAAGGAAAAGUCACUUGGGGGUGCCAAAAUGUUAGGCACCCCCAAGUGACUUGAAUUGCAUACCUUUUACCCCGGGGCUGGUGCCCCUGUAGAGAGACGGAAAGAACAGCCCGGGGUAUCUGCAGCCAUUCAUUCUUCCUGCUUUGUGAGCACGCACAGUAGAGUGAAAAGCCGAACUUUAACAGAGAAGUCGGCUUUUCACUCUACUGUUCAUGCGCUUAUUGUGUUAGUCUUAGCGAAACGGAGGCGGAAGGAGGAAGCGCAUCGCUCCAGGUACCCCGGGCUGGUGCUGUUUUCUCCUAGCGAUUAAAGUCACUUGGGGGUGCUUAACAUUUUAGCGCCCCCAAGUGACUUAGCCUUUCCUUCUCCUUUAAGCUGGCCAUACACGCACCGAUAAUAUUGGAAGAAACCUCGAUAAAAUAUAUUGUCAGUUACAAUGCCAUAUCUAAAUACAUGAUUUUGCACAAUUUUGGGCUUUCCUGUUAACUUUAUUCACCGUCUCUGUACUAAGAAUAUUGCUGGUGCUUGUGAAAUUUGAUUAUAAUUAGUCAUAGAAAAUUCUAUUAUAGAAUCUUGCAGUAAUGUCAUGGUAAGCUGUCAGUCAAUGACUAUUACAUUCAUGCGAGUUGACAUUUAAACACAAAGUUUAGCCGUGUUCUCACCAAAAAUUACAAAUAUCUACCUAUUUUGAAUUUUAAGCCAUUGACACCAUUACAAUAAGUUAUCUAAUAGCAAGCUGAAAACAAUAGAUUCUUUUUGUUUAUGGGAAAGUGUUAUCAACUUUUCUCAUUAACUACAUAAAUAAUAUGUUACAAGUAACUAUCUGUUUUUAAAGCAUGUGUGUUCCUUAUUGUUUUCUUUUCUGUUGUUAUGAUAGCCUUCAUUUGAAAUCUUAGCACAGUCUGUAUAAGGCAUGGCCAAUGGAAUCAUUGUCCCUUUAUCAAGUUAUUCUGGUUGCAAUAAACAAUUACCCAAGUA